ACGAAUAAGCUCAACAGAUGGAAGAAGACAUGGUUUACAAAUCGGCCGCUAGAGAGGGAUUUGUUGACAACAAUUUUUUUAACCGCCUCGAAUUUUGUUUUUGUAAUUUCUGUUUUGUUUUGGCCACGAGAAAUGGAUUCAGACUGGAAAGUAGAUUGUUCCGAUGAUGAAAAUUACGGGCUUACUUAUUCGUCAACGUGUCAGCAAUGGAUUCCAUCCCCGUCUGUCGUUGUUCAACUUUUCGAAAGUUACAGCAGUGAAAAAGACUGUAGCCUUAUGAAUCUUGACUGGGUAUGUCCUGGAAGAAAGGAGGUCUCAUCUGGCGAAAUUGAAGGGGAUGCAGAAAACGAAGAGCUAAAAACUGAAGAAAAGUCUGAUUUUGACUUUUGGGAUGAACCCAGUGCUACAACCAUGCCUGGUCCAGCCCGAGUUGGUCCUGGAAUGGGUGUCAACAAACAGCCAAGAGGCAGUGCCAAAAAGAAAACCACAAGUCUUGAUGGCAUCCUCUCCUCCAUGAGGCGGCACAGAAAAUUGGAUCAACUGGAAAAACCUACACCUGCACAGAAACCAAGUUGAAUUUUUUCCAUGUUUUAACUUUUUGUUUUUUUAAUUAUUGUUUUAAUAAGUGACAGUUUGUCACUGAUUAUUUUUUUAACCGACAUGUUUAUUUUUUUAAUACACUCGAUUUUGCCUCAGCGAGAAGAAACCCAGUAGGCAACAAACAA